GGCCCCAGUUACAGAGCUUUGAGUUCACCUGCAAGUGCCGAAAUUUCGGAGCUUAAACCACCUGACAAGAGGACCAGUUCCAUUCUCCGCACGGGGGGUUUACGAGUCUGGAUUCCCGUCUGUUUAGAUUAGAAUUUGACGGGAGGUUUGUUGCGAAGAUGCGUUGAUGAGAAAGGCGUCGAGUACUGAUGCCAAGCCCCUGGCAGAUCUGGGAAAGAAGAUUAUAUCUUGGAAAAUGGUUGAAACGGAACCUAAACUAUUUUUAAUACAAGGAGAUGUAUAUGAAGUCGAGAAAUUAGUUGCUGUGAAAAUUGUUAAGGGACAAAAAUUGUAUAGAGUUAGAUGGAGGGGCUAUGGCAGAGACAGCGAUACAAUGGAACCAGAAGAAAAUCUCUUAUCAUGUAAAGAUAUGAUUCUUGACUUGGAGAAAAAGAUAAGAAAUCGGCAUGAAAGAAGGAAAAAUAAAAAAGCCUUCAAACCUCAAUUUCCUCCCAAAGAACUAAGAAGCUCAGUUACAAGUGACUGUAACAAAAUUCUGAAAGAUGCAACAACUUGGCAGGCAACUGAAGUACAUCCUAGUGGUCCCAACUCAAAAGAUACCUUUUGGAGAGACUUUGAUGAAGGCAAAAUCUCGGUUUCUGGUACAGUGUAUGAAAAAGAUAUGUAUAGUAAAGUGAAGGAAAGAGCAGAGAGAGGAGUGAGGACUAUAACUGAUAGUGGCAAAAUGAUUGAGCUGGGACAAAAAGAAAAUCCAAACCCACCACUUUGUCCCAAAGUUGUUUUGAAAAGAAAAUCUAUAAAUAGGACAUCUAAUGAGAGCUUAUCAUAUAAAUCAAGCUUCAAAGUGAAGCCAGUUGGUUUGCAAAUAAGAAAAAGGAAGAAGUAUGAUGUUUUGCGUGAUUACAGAAAGAGGAAAAGUAGGAUUCAUAGAAAGCGUAAUAUUGAUGAAAAUGGGCGAAGAAAGUUGGCUUUUAGAUGUGUUGAUAAAGCUGAUUCUCACACAGUAGAAUGUGGACAAAGCAGUUCUAAUAUUCUGCAGGAACUUCUGAUAAAUGAUGAGUUGAAAGGUUCAGUUCUGCCUGAUUAUAUACUGAAUUCAUCCAAGACAGAUACUAUUGCAUCUAAAAUUAAAGAUAUGAAAAUGAAAUUCCAAAGAGAAUCUUCUGCAUGUGAAGGAACUGUUAAGGGAGAUGGAAGAAAAAAUCCAUGGGUGUGUAAAAUUUCCUUACAGGAUAUUGUGUUUCAAUUCAAGAAAGAUGAAGGAAAAUCUCGGAAAAACUCAUUCUCAAAUAUGGAUAUUGCCAUUCGUAAAAUAUUUUUUUCAUUAUUGGAUGCUAUUGCAAACGAUCGUUUGGAUCAAGUUGAAAGAUUAUGCAUUAAUAAUUAUGUAAUUAAUUGUUGCAAAGAAGAUGGUACUACUGCUCUUAUGGUAGCAGCUGAAGCGGGACAUUAUUUCAUAGCAAAAACUUUGCUGAAAGCAAAUGCUCAUAAAGAUAGACAGAAUGUUAAAGGAGAAACGGCAUUAAUGAUGGCAUGUAAAAAUGGACAUUCACAGAUUGCCAAACUUUUACUUGAACAUGGUGCAAACUUUGCACUUACAAAUGCUGAUGGUAUCAAUGUACUUCGCAUUGUAAACCAGUAUGUUACUCAUCCCAAAAUUCAUGACAUUCUUACAGAGCAUAUAGUAAGGGUUGUGUCACAAUUUGAAAGUGGAGCAAGAAGUCAAGUGAAGCAUAUAGCUCAAAUAAAAUAUGCUCUCUUCCCUAUUCAGUGCUUCUCAUUGAAUGAAGGACCAAAAUAUUCCAUUCAUUUUCAUUAUCACUGGAAACUUGAAUCACCAGAGAAAAAUGGGAACCAGAAUCUUCUUUUCAUUGCUCGUGCUUCUAUAAACACCAGCUCAGUCCAGUGCCAAUUUGAUGCCGAUACUCUGGUGCAUAACAUUUUUAUUAAUGGUGUUAAGCAAAACUUGUUCAAUGAGAACAUAAGCUCAGUGUUUAAAGUAGUUGGAUUGCAAAAUGGAUCUAAUAAAGUUCACAUAGUUACUGAUCAUUAUCCUGAAUCUGAGUUGAAAUUGAUUGUAUGCGCUUACAAGGUUCACCGAAGAAUGGCUUGUUUCCCUCACUCAAAAAUUAAAGAAUGAAUGAGAGUUUGACAAAAUGGUGCUAAAAGAUUGAAAAGAAUUCACAAAUUAAUGACGUUUCUUUUUUUCUGAAAAAAAUAUUAUUGUUACCAAUCAAAUGAGAAUUUGUGUUGAUUUCUUUUGUAAAGGAAUACAUUUUGCUGUACAUAUUUAUUGUUACAUUAUAUAAAAAUUUUAAUCUUGUGAUGUAUAUCAAUCAUCAGCAAUUAUAUAAAAGGUGAAAAGACCUUUUAUCAUGUUUCUAAAAUGGUGUAUUUUGAGAACUUCAAAAUUUUUGAAACUGUACAAAUUUAUAUAUUAUUUCCCAUUCAGUGCA